AUGAGACGUUCAAGGAAAAACAGUAAACACAUUCCAAAUGAUAGACCUUGUAAAGUAUCUUUCAUGGAGAGAAGGAAGAGAUUAAUGAGAUUAAAGAAGGAAGUAUCUGAUUUUUCCACCAAAAAUGGAGUAGAGGCUAUCUUAAUUGCAUAUGAUGGCAAUGUGGAUGCUCCACCAGUGACUUGGCCCCAAAAUCCCUCAAAGAUACACUCCAUGAUUGAAAAGUACGAGCGUCAAAGGAAUGAGAAAUCUGUUGUGACCUUUGAUCUCGAAGACUAUUACAAGAAUAAGUUGAACAAGCUUGAAGCUGAGAUUUCAAGAGUGCAGAAAGAGAAUAUCAGGAUGAAGUAUCCAACUUGGGAUCCAAGUUUCGACAACCUAGGAGAGGAGGAGCUGAGCGAGCUCAUUGCUAAGUUGGAUGCUAAGCUUGCAGCUUGUGAUCAGAGAAUUGACACCUUGAAAAAGGAGCAUAUGAAGAGAGGUCAUUAG